CGGCAACGCUGGUGAAAAUUCUUAAAUACGGAGUUGCCAUAGAUCAAGAAUCAGAUUUUCACAUGUAACAUAAAAGAAAUUAAAAAGAAUUAAAUUACUUUAGUGCACAAGCAAUUAUGUCAGGCAAUGGCGAAGCUGCGGAAGCAGCAGAAGUGGUACCAGCAGCAGAAAAUGAGAACGCUGAGGUGGCCCAAAAUGCGGGUCAACCGCAACAACAGCAACCCACUCGCAUGGAAUCCUUCUUUGCCAUGACGAAAUCGCUGAUUUUACGCGCACUCAUAAUUUACUUUGUGAGCUCCUUUUUCCGACGUCCUCAGCCAGAUGCCAAUGCCGGUGCUGGCCAGGAUAAAAGCGUGGCCAAUGCGGGUCCAAAGAUCACAGCAUGGAACUAUUUUGAGAACGGCACCGACUUCGAUUUGCAUAUUUGGCUAUCCGAGCAACCCGAUAUUGUCAACUUCCAGCAAAAGGCAAAUCUCCUGUGGCUCCAAGAGGAUCUAACCUACGGUGAUUGGGUGUCAGGACCCACACAAGAUGGCAUUUACACGCAUUUCCUAAAACUGAAGGCCAGCCAGCACCUAAUGAACAAUGGUAGUGUAUAUCUCCAUGCCUUUGUGACCCGCAGCGGCGAGAGUCCGGAUCCUCAAGCUCCGAACUAUGCGAGAAAUGGUCAUAUGGGUCACCAGCAUCAUCAGCUUAAUAAGUUUAAGAAAAUACGAGUGAAUCGUAAUUACAAUCUGCUGGCCAGUGAGAAAGAAAAGCUCGAGCACGAACUGAAACAUGCAACGCUAAAAGAUCAAAUUGUCUCCCAUUGGCAUCCGAAUUUGACUGUGAAUCUAGUGGUGGAUCAGACGAACUGGGCCCAAGGUUCAGUGCCGCCUCCUUUGGACGAAUACGUUAAAUUUGUAGAUGGGGGAAAAACCUAUUUACCCAUUAUUUUCGUCAACGACUACUGGAAUCUGCAAAGGGAGUAUCAACCGAUAAAUGAAACCACUCCCGAAUUGGAACUACGUUUGACCUUCCAGCCACUGGGUAUGUUCAAGUGGCAACUGUAUGCAGCUAAGCAGAUGAAAAACAAAUGGGCAGGCAAUGUGUUUGGUGAAAUGAUGGCCGCCGGUGGUGGUGAGGAGACCGACGAGGAUCAGGACUCAUUGAAGGAAACUCUACUGGACACCAAUAUCUAUUUACUAGGUCUGACCAUUGCCAUUUCAAUACUCCAUUCUGUAUUUGAGCUUCUGGCCUUUAAGAAUGACAUUCAAUUUUGGAACAAUCGCCAGUCUCUAGAAGGUCUGUCGGUUCGAUCCGUAUUUUUCGGAGUCUUUCAAUCGCUUAUCAUUCUACUGUAUGUCAUGGACAAUGAAACGAAUAUCAUGAUACGCAUUUCAUGCUUUGUGGGCCUCGGUAUUGAGGUAUGGAAAAUCCAUAAAGUUGUAGAUGUGAAAUAUAAUAGCGAUAGAAAAAUACUGGGCAUCUUUCCAGCAAUUAGUUUUAAGGACAAGGGCUCUUAUUCAGAGAGCGCCACCAAGGAGUAUGAUAAGCUGGCAUUUAAGUACCUGGGCUGGAUCUGUUUCCCAUUGCUGGUCGCCUACUUUGUGUACUCGUUGAUCUACAAUGAACACAAGGGCUGGUACUCGUUCGUUUUAAAUAUGCUGUACAGUUACCUUUUAACCUUUGGCUUUAUUCUAAUGACCCCGCAAUUGUUCAUCAAUUAUAAACUGAAAUCAGUGGCUCACAUGCCAUGGCGCAUGAUGACCUAUAAGUUCCUCAACACAUUCAUCGAUGACAUAUUCGCGUUUGUCAUCAAAAUGCCCACAAUGUACCGAUUGGGCUGCUUCCGAGACGAUAUCAUAUUCUUUGUGUUCCUGUAUCAGCGCUGGCAAUAUCGCGUCGAUCUGAAGCGAGUUAAUGAAUUUGGCUUCUCUGGUGAAAUGGAGGAGCAAAAACGAUUGGAGGGACAGUCCAAUGGAGGAGCAGCCAUUGAAGCGACUCCAGCAACCAAAAAGACAGCCGCACAAAAGAAGGAGGAUUAGUUAGCAAUAUCUAAAUAUGAAGUUAAAUUGAUGCAUUAGCAAAUUGUUCAGACAGUAAUAUACAUUAAUACGUAUAUAUCAAAUAGUAUAUGUAAAAUAACAUAUAAUUAUAUAUGCUACAUACUCCAUAAUCUGUAUAUGUAAUCAGUUCAGUAUAUACACGUUUAGUCAAAAGAAAAAUACAAAACCAACAAAGUAGCCAGACAUUCUAGUGCUAAUUUCUAUGUAUAUUAUCAGUUUGUUUUAUGUCGAGCAAAUAAAUUAAGUAAGUGUGUGAGAUAAUGAAUCCAAAUGAUAAUGCUUUUUCGACUUAUAUCUCAGAUAAACCAGUUGUUCUUAUCUAAUCUAAGAUAAGAUUGAUCAAAUGUAAACGAGAUGUAAAAUAUAUCUGUGUAUACCUACAUAUAUUUCAAACUCUAGUUAAAUAUGAUUUUACCCAACACCGUGAAUAAAGAAAAAGUUCAUGUA